AUGCUCCAUGACAGCAAUGGAAAAGAGUUGCUGGAUAUGAUCAACAGUCAUCUCAAGGAAAUUUUACCGCUCAGAAAUAUUGUCAUUCAAAUUCAUGUCUUCGAUGACCAAUAUGUCGCAGAUGAUUUCAUAACGGGGAUACAUGACUUUGAAUGGAAGUUGGAAUUUAGAGAGCGAAAGAGGGAAAAGGAAAUUUUCUUUGAUGAACGUGGGGUCGCGUUUGACAAUGAAGAGGACCUUUCUCAACGCAUGUACGAAAUUGAGCGGGAGGAGGAAGAAGAAUUCUGGAGAGAGGAAUAUUGGAGAAGAAGGCAAGACCCGUUUUGGAAGAAUGAUUCGGAUUUCGAUUAA